AUGAAGGCUUUCGUGGUUCUGUCCCUCAUUGGGUACCUGGUGGUUCCAAGUGGCACUGCUGUCUUGGGGCGCUGUGUGGUGGCUAAGAAGCUCCAUGAAGGAGGCCUGAGUAAUUUUGAGGGCUACAGCCUUGAAAACUGGGUGUGCCUGGCUUACUUUGAGAGCAAGUUCAACCCCAUGGCUGUCUAUGAGAACACGCGUGAUGGCUACACCGGCUUCGGCCUCUUUCAGAUCCGCAACAAUGUCUGGUGCGACAGAGGCAAGAACCGCUGCCAUGUGUCCUGCUCUGCUUUACUGAAUCCGAAUUUACAGAAGACAAUUGAAUGUGCCAAGAAAAUUGUAAAGGAAAAAGAAGGGAUGAGAGCAUGGCCCUCCUGGUCCCUGAACUGUCAGAACUCGGACACUCUGGCACGGUGGUUGGACGGAUGCAAGCUGUAG